AUGAUCAACCAACCUAUGGAUCCAAAAAAUACUGAUCAGAAAACUUUAUGUAGUAUGCAUAAAAUGAAUCACCAUUCAUCGUUAUUAAAUAUAAACAACCGGAAUUAUUCAACCGAUUGCAAAGAUGAACAAAGUUCAAUGUUUCAACUUAGUACAUUGAAGUUUAAUGACAUUGAAACGAUAAUGAUUCACCCAAAAAGUGAUGACGAUAAUAAUGUAGAUGAUUCUAAGCCAGAAACUAAAUAUUGCUCAUCUUAUGAACAUCCUUUGAAUAGUAUAAAACAGCCAUCAAGAAAUAUUUAUCAAAAUAAUGAGAUUUCUAAUUUCCGUUCACCAAUUUUCGAAAUUGGGAUUAACAGUUGUGGGAUACCUGAUCCAUUUAUAUCAUCUAAUUUGAAAUGCAGCAAUAAUGACAACAAUCCACCUGGUAAAUCAUCAGACUUAAAUUUGUUUAUGAGUGACCAUCAAAAUCAGUGCCAGUGUGAUAUGUCAUCUUCUGUAUGGGAUAAAUGGUCAUUUUUAUCCUCAAUCAAUAGUUAUCAUGCCAAUUCAGAUUGUACCAUAACAACAACAGAAACUAUCCAGCCAGUAGGAAAGUCAGACGCUUUAGCUGAAUUUGUGGAUAUGUUUAAAGAAAAAAGAAUACAACUUGGCAUAACACAAGCUGAAGUAGGACGUGCAUUGGGCGCACUAAAUUUAAGUGGUUUCGGUUGUUUAUCACAGUCGACAAUAUGUCGGUUUGAAUCCUUGUCAUUAUCACAUAAAAACAUGCUUGCAUUAAAACCUGUUUUAGAAAUAUGGUUACAACAAAUGGAGGGUGGUUUAUGGGUAAAUCAAGAACAUCACCUACAAGAAUCACAUAAUUGUUUUAAUCGUACACCUACUGAUUCCACGGACUCAUUCAGGAAUUUCUCAGACUCUUCAACUAACCCUCCAGUUUUCCCACCAUUUACUCCAUUAAAAGAUUCUGUAGAGAAUCAACGUCGUAAACGUACAUGUAUCAUGGGUAGAGAAAAAUAUAUUCUUGAAUCGUUUUUUAACGCAACAAACUGUAGACCAACCUCGGAUCAAAUGAAUCAAUUAGCUUUGAGAUUAAAUAUGCCAAAAAGCGUAAUACGUGUAUGGUUUUGCAACCAACGUCAAAAACAUAAGCGUCUCUCCAAAUUAUAA